UUCAGAGGUUCCUCUGCAUUUCGUGGGCUUCUGCUUGAAUGGCUGGGAGGGGAUCUGGGCUGGGUGUCCUUUGAAGAGGCGGCUGUGCAUUUCACCCAGGGGGAGCAGACCCUGCUGCGCCCAGCGCAAGGAACUCUUUCCGAGGAAGUCAUGCAGGAGAAUUGUGAGACUACAGCGUCUCUGGUAGGAGGUAUGUGGGAGUCAGCAAAUGGAACAAAAGAGCAUCCAGUAAAAGAGAAAGAAGAAAAAUAUAUAGAUGUGAAAGAGAACACUGAAUAUUGUAAUGCACUGAAGAAGGAGAACGGAAAAGAUCCACUGAAGAAUAAAUCCCACCUUUUACAAGGUGAUGUCUCUCAAGAAUUUCCACUACUUAAUAAUACACAAAGAAGAGACAAUACGAACAAGAACGCUGUGAGAGAGGAAAACUUCCCUAAAAAAUCAGACAUUAAUAUUCAUUGGAACACCCAUAACAGAAACAGCAGAGAUAAAUGCCUGAAAUAUGGGAAAUCUUUUGGGCAAACAGAAAAACUUACUACCCAUCAAAGACUGCACACAAAGGAGAAACCAUAUAAAUGCCUGGAGUGUGGAAAAAACUUCAGUCAGAGUACACAACUUACUUGCCAUCAAAGAAUUCACACAGGGGAAAAACCAUAUACAUGCUUACAGUGUGGUAAAAGUUUCAGUCAGAGUGGAAACCUUACAUCCCAUCAAAGAAUUCACACAGGGGAGAAACCAUAUAAGUGUGCAGUGUGUGGGAAAACCUUCAAUAAGAGGGGACAUCUUACUUCCCAUAAUAGAAUUCAUACAGGGAAGAAAACAUAUAAAUGCCUGGAGUGUGGAAAAAGCUUCAGUGAGAAAGGAAACCUUACUUCCCAUCAAAGAAUUCACACAGGGGUGAAACCAUAUAAAUGCCUGGAGUGUGGAAAGAGUUUUUGGCGGACAGAUACACUAACUUCCCAUCAAAGAAUUCAUACAGGGGAGAAACCAUAUAAAUGCCUGGAAUGUGGGAAAAGUUUCAAUCAGAGUGGCAACCUUACUUCGCAUCAAACAGUUCACACAGGUGAGAAACCGUAUAAGUGUCUGGAGUGUGGAAAAAGUUUCAGUCAGAGUGGAAAUCUUACUUCCCACCAAAGAAUUCACACAAGGGAGAAAAAAUAUGUGUGUCUGGAAUGUGGAGAAAGCUUCAGUCACAGUGGACACCUUUCUUCCCAUCAAAGAAUUCACACCGGGGAGAAACCAUAUAAGUGUCUGGAGUGUGGGAAAAGCUUCAGUUUUAAUUCACAACUUACAUCACAUCAAAGAAGUCACACUGGGGAGAAACCAUUUAAAUGCCUGGAAUGUGGAAAGGGUUUCAGUGAGAAGGGAAGCCUUACUUUCCACCAAAGAAAUCACACAGGGGAAAAACCAUAUAAAUGCCUGGAGUGUGGAAAAAGUUUCAGUGAGAGUGGAAAACUUACUGUCCAUCAAAGAAUUCACACAGGGGAGAAACCAUAUAAAUGCAUGGAAUGUGGAAAAAACUUCAGUCAGAGUGGAAACCUUAUGUCCCAUCAAACAAUUCACACAGGGGAGAAACCAUAUAAAUGCCUAGAAUGUGGUAAAAGUUUCAUCUUUCCCUCCAGACUUAAUUGUCAUCAAAGAAUUCACACAGGGGAGAAACCAUAUAAAUGCCUGGAGUGUGGGAAAAGCUUCAGCCACAAUGGGCAGCUUACUUCCCAUCAAAGAAUUCACAUAGGGGAGAAACCAUACAAAUGCUUGGAGUGUGGAAAAAGCUUCCAUUUAAGUAGGGAGCUUACUUCCCAUCAAAGAAUUCACACAGGGGAGAAACCUUAUAAAUGCCUGGAGUGUGGAAAAAGUUUCCGUCAUAGUGGAAGCCUAGUUGUCCAUGCAAGAAUUCACACAGGGGAGAAACCAUAUAAAUGCCAGGAGUGUGGGAAAAGUUUCAAUGAGAGUGGAAAACUUACUCACCAUCAAAGAGUCCACAGAGGAGAGAAACCAUAUAAAUGCCUGGAGUGUGGAAAAAGCUUCAGUUGCAGAGGAAAUCUUACUUCCCAUCUAAGAAUUCACACAGGAGAGAAAAAAUAUAGAUGUCUGGAGUGUGGGAAAAGCUUCCGUCAUAGUGGAAACCUAGUUGUCCAUGAAAGAAUUCACACAGGGGAGAAACCAUAUAAAUGCCAGGAGUGUGGGAAAAGUUUCAAUGAGAGUGGAAAACUUACUCACCAUCAAAGAGUCCACACAGGAGAGAGACCAUAUAAAUGCCUGGAGUGUGGGAAAACCUUCCAAAAUACUAGAUGCCUUAAUUCCCAUCAAAGAAUUCACACAGGAGAGAAACCAUAUAAAUGCCUGGAGUGUGGGAAAAGCUUCAGCCACAGUGGGCAGCUUACUUCCCAUCAAAGAAUUCACUCGGGGGAGAAACCUUAUAAAUGCCUGGAGUGUGGGAAAAGCUUCCGUAACAGUGGAAGUUUUAAUUCCCAUCAAAGAAUUCACAAAGGAGAGAAACCUUAUAAAUGCCAGGAGUGUGGAAAAUGUUUCAGUGAGAGUAGAAUCCUUACUCGCCAUCAAAUAGUCCACACAGGAAAGAAACCAUAUAAAUGCUUGGAGUGUGGAAAAAGCUUCAGUUUCAGUUGGAACCUGACUACCCAUCAAAAAAUCCAUACAGGAGAGAAACCGUAUAAAUGCCUGGAGUGUGGGAAAAGCUUCAGUGCCAGUGGAGGUUUUAAUUAUCAUCAAAGAAUUCAUACAGGUGACAAACCAUAUAAAUGUUUGGAGUGUGGAAAAAACUUCCGUGAUAGCGGAUGCCUUAAUUCUCAUCAAAAAACUCACACAGGUGACAAACCAUAUAAAUGCCUGGAGUGUGGUAAAAGCUUCAGCUGCUGUAGAAAUCUUACUUCCCAUCAAAGAAUUCACACAGGGGAGAAACCAUAUAAAUGUCUAGAGUGUGGGAAAAGCUUCCGUCAUAGAGGAAGCCUAGUUGUCCAUGAAAGAAUUCACACAGGGGAAAAACCAUAUAAAUGCCUGGACUGUGGAAAAAGUUUCAAUGAGAGUGGAAAACUUACUUGCCAUCAAAGAGGCCACACAGGGGAGAAACCAUAUAGAUGCCUGGAGUGUGGAAAAAGCUUCCGUCAUAGUAGAAGCCUAGUUGUCCAUGCAAGAAUUCACACAGGGGAGAAACCAUAUAAAUGCCAGGAGUGUGGAAAAAGUUUCAAUGAGAGUAAAAAGCUUACUCACCAUCAAAGAGUUCACACAGGAGAGAGACCAUAUAAAUGCCUGGAGUGUGGAAAAACCUUUCAUCCCAGUGACAGUCUUACUUCCCAUCAAAAGAUUCACAAAAGUGAGAAGUAAUUGAAAUGCUUGGAUUUGUAUCCUUAUGGACAUUCUAGAGGAGUAGUGAAACAAUACCUGGCACUCUUCAAGACCCAGAUUGCACCGUGAUCAUACCGGAAUCUCUAGCAAAACUUGCCAAUCAGAGCAUUGCCUGAUGAUGUCCCUUUCAGUGGCAGGAAUGGGCAUGGCAAACGCCCAAUCUGGCUGCAUCCCCAUGAGCCCCUCCCACUGGAGUACCACAGGAGGAGAGAUGGGUGUAUUGGUGCCAACCUCCAGUUGGUGACUGGAGUUCUUCUUGAGUUAUACCUGAUCUCCAGCCCAUAGAGGAAAUGGCAGCUUCUAAGGAGCAGACCCUAAGGCAUUGCAUCCGUCCUGAAGUCGUUCUCUUCCUGAAACUCUGCUCACUCCAAGCACCCCCACUAAAUCUCCAGAAAUCUCCCAAGCUAGAGCUGGCAACUCUCAAUGAGUUCUUUGAAUCACAGCGCAUUGUCCAUUUUCCAGGUCAAGAUGGUGCUUGCAAAGGAGGAACAUCAUCAGUUAAUAAUAACAUAAUAACAUUCGGAUCAUAUACUGCCCUUCAGGACAACUUAAUGCCUACUCAGAGCAGUUUACAAAGUAUGCCGUUAUUAUCCCCACAACAAAACACCCUGUGAGGUGGGUGUGGCUGAGAGAGCUCCAGAGAACUGUGACUAGCCCAAGGUCACCCAGCUGACUUCAAGUGGAGGAGUGGGGAAUCAAACCCAGCUCUCAAGAUUAGAGUCCCGCGCUCUUAACUGCUAUAUUGCAUCCUCGACAUACCCCCACUCAUGUGGGGCCAGACUGAGACCAUGCAAUAACAGGGGUAGAUCAGUGGAAAGGCCCUGGGAUAGCACCCCUGGGGCUCCUAGUUUGGUGCCCUUGUGGGGAGAGGCCCCUGUAAACCCCAGAAUAUAGGAGGGGAGGACCCAGUCGGCAGGUUUUUUUGCUGAUGUGCCCUUUUGGAACUUAUCAGUGAUGGAACAGCCCCAUUGACCUGUGAGCACUGCUCCUUCUUGCCCUCUGGGGUUAACCCAUUGCUGUCCAGGAUUCUUCCUUGCAUGUGUUACCUGUCUGUUGCCCCUGAAUCCCCCAUCUUCUCCUCUUUCUGUCCUGUACCCACCACCACCACUUGGCCUUUGUGGGAAUUCCCCAUGGGGAGGGCCAAGACACCCUACUCCCCUAUUCAGCGUUGGCACUCUGAAGCCCUGCCUUGUGCCCAGUCUCCCCCAAUCACUGCCUGCUUGCUGCAUUUGUGUACCACUGGGGGAUCCAUGAACGGCCAUUAGACCACCCCCUUUCCAUGGCGCCUGUUUUAAAUAGUGUGGCUGUGCAGUGGAAGGCUGUGUGGUACAGAGAAGAGCUACCAGCAUUUAAGGAUUUCCUGAGUACAAAAUGCAACAAGCAUUUAUCUGGGUUGCCUGACCAGGCACAUAAUAGCCUUUUUGAAAUGCCCCCAUCGAUGAGCACCCAUGGAGGGAAAUACCACAGGGGCAGUGACAGGUGAAGGCUGCCACUCACUCUACACAGCCACUGGACUGGGUCCACCCAGCUUCUGGAGCGAUCGAGUGGUCCCAUUGGACAGUUAUAGGUAUGCUCAGCAAACAUGAGUCUCUUCUGGAGCCUGGAGCAGAAUGGAGUCUGCAGGCUGGAAAAACCAAAGGAGGUGGAGGAAGAAGAGAGGAGUCUGAUCCAGUUAUCAUAUCAAGUCAGUGGACCUCUGGAGAAAUCCUGUUAGCUCCAAUGAAGGGACUCUGCCUUGACACGGCUCUUUGCCAUGUGACGUUUCAAAUGCACCCGUUUGUCCCACUUCCUAGGAAGGAAGACCUUCAACCUGCUCUUAUGGAAAUCUGCAGCUUUCUCCUUCCUGUUCUGCCUGUUGUCCUCUUGUCUCUCCCCCUCUGCUUCCUUCCCUGGAAGUUUCAUACUGGGCAGCAUAUCCUGUGUGCUGAGUUUCCCGUUUCACACAGCAUUCUGCCUAGCAGGUGGAAACCUGGUUUGCCUGUUACAUUUAUGCAUUUAGCUCUGUUUGAGAAGAGUUACGAGAUCUGGUUUUUAUUGCAUUGAAAUUGUGUGUACUUGUAGGAUUAAUUUGCUCCUGUUUAUAUUAAGUUCUUGCCUAAUACAGAAUCGCAAGGGUGGGCUCCUGUGAGAAAUAUGGGGAGGGGACUGCAGGGAGCAUUCAAACAACUCUUUGCACCCCGCCCCCCUGUGUUCCCGUGGUGUCUUACCCCCCUCAGCCUUGGCAUGGUGGCAGUCAUUUCCCUGCAGCUUGCCUUACUGCAGUUUUUUCUCCUCCACAACUGCUCCCGCCGGCCUCCUUGUCCGACUCCUUUGGUGAGGCAGGUACCCGUGCUAGGCCUGGCAUGGAUCCCAGGUGCCACUGCUGGGCCCUGAGCAGGUCUCUGCCUCUGCCACCACCGGGUCCAUUGAGGAAGUAAGGAGGAGGUGGAAGGAGAAGCCAAGUGGUUGAUCCCGUGGUGCUGCCAGGCCCUAGUGAACUACAUUGCUGAUGGAAGAGGAGGCAAGCACAUUUUCUGCACAUGGGCAGAAACAGUUUUGUUUUGAGGAGAUGUAACACCCCCUAUGUAAUUGUUACACAUUUUCAGUUUGGGGGGAACCUGGGGAGUCCCCCAAAGUUGCAGAAGCAACUGUUUGUAGCUAGAUGGUCCCAAUUCCCGGAUUUAAGUAUGCACACGUCAGUGCCACUUUGCUAUUAGAUAUGUAUUUUAGCAGGGGGUCUUUCAAACUUUACAUGACAUUCUGCCAAUCAGCUUCAAACAUGUUGUGCCUUACCUUCAUCUAUGUAGCUAAGUUGGAGAAAUGUUAGGAGACCUGAUUUUUGCUGCAUGUGUUUUUUCUGUAAUUGUAGGAAUAAUUAGCUCCUGUAUUUACUUAUCAAGUUCUUGCUCAAUUAAAAGAGUUAUGCUUUGUUUGAA